AUGGGAUGCUGGGAUGAACUCUGUCUCAUUUGUGGCUUGCGACCAGGUGGAGGUCCUACAUCACUAUUUGUAGAUCGUGAUGCAUGCUUGAAUAUGAUCGCCGACAGCCUCAAAGAACAGAAAAUCAAAUAUAGACUGCGAAAGAAGGAUAUACUCGAAGAGCUUCGGAAGCUUUUAAAACUCUUUGAUGAUGAGGAGGACUCGGGUGACAAUACGGGUUACGAGAAGGCCGUCGAAGAAGGUUCUAUAGCCCCUGGACCUUACUUUCCCUUUAGUCAUGAACAGUGGCACGGUUGGGAAGCGAUUGCGAUCGGAGUGUUUGACGAUGAUGAUGACACAGGACCUGUUAAGGGAAACAUGGUGACCACUCGUCUAGUGUCUAGCGCCAGUGGUUAUGGUGGUUACUUUGAAAAUGUCGAGGGGAUGGACGGAGAAGUCAACACCGACGCUAGCACCAACAGUU